UAUCUCAUCUCAUUUAUGUGUCAGCCAAUCAUAUCAUUUCUCACCUUAUCCAAUAUCAUCCCUUUACAAAAACUUUCUUCUGUGCCUUCCUCUUCUUGUUUGCAAGCUUUUCCAAUCCAGGAUACAGACAUGGCAACAACAGCCACUGCCUUUACUCCUGCAACAAUCACUGGUGCAGUCGUGGAUUUUGGCAGCAAGAUCCCCAAGAGAACGAGCAAGGUGGUUUACCUGGGGGGCAUGAAUUCAUAUGGGGGUCUUAAAGCCCAUAACAGUGUGCUUUCUCUGAACAUGCCUGUGUCCACUGAGCAAUGCUUUGCAAAGGUGAUUAGCUCAUUGAGAGCAGCAUCAAAUGGGAAAGGAGGAGAUGGAGGCGCACUCUCCUCUAAAUGCGGCGAUGUGGGUGAGAUAUUCAGGAUUGCUGCAAUCAUGAAUGGCCUUGUUUUGGUUGGGGUUGCUGUUGGGUUUGUACUCCUCCGAGUUGAAGCGUGGUAUGAGGAAAAUGAGUGAGUCUUCUGUUUAGUUAACUAGCAAAAGAAUCAUGUUCGGCUAGAGUCGCUAGACAUUGGUUGAUUUGUCAAUCUUUUACAUGUAGUGUAUAACUAAAUAUAUUUGCUUCAAAACUUCUGGCAUACCUUGAUUUAGAUGUGAAUCAAUGCCAUCCUUUACCCGAGAAAAAAAGAUGAUCAAUUACCCAGUAA